CUUAGUCCAGGUUGGAACGAGCCGGAUCUGCAGGACGUACUCUCAGAUGUAUCACGUAUAAGAUGCUGUGAUCUGCCGGCGAAAGUCAGCAUGCCGUGCCAGAAGCGCGCGCAUGUGGCGUAUUUUCAGGUUCGCGCGGUGAAGAAUUAAAAGCCAUGAUGAUGUUAUCAACUCUUUCAGCGCUCUUGCUAUCUUCCCUAGCAUCCGUUGCUCAGGCUCAAUAUCCGAAUCCCGGGGCGUGCUCCGGCGAGUGCUUCACUCAUGACCCCGCCGUCGUGAAACGCGCGGAUGGCAAAUAUUUUAGAUUCUCGACCUUAGACCUGAUCGGCAUUUCGACUGCGGACGACCUGUCCGGACCUUGGACACGAAGCGGUAGCGUGAUCCAAGGCGCCAGCGUUAUCAAUCUGCCAGGAAACAAGGAGCUAUGGGCCCCUGACGUUGUUUAUAUCCGGGGCAUUUACUACUGUUUCUACUCGGUGUCAACUUCGGGGAGCCGCACCUCAGCCAUCGGUUACGCGACCUCUACCACGCUGGAAGCAGGAUCUUGGAAAGACCAGGGAAUAGUAGUAACAUCGUCAGACAGCAGUCCUUAUAACGCCAUCGACCCGAACGUCGUCAAUGGCACGGGCCCUAACGAAUGGUAUCUACAAUGGGGCUCAUAUUGGAAUAACAUCUACCAGGCAAGAGUAGCGAUCAACGGCGAGUUCGUUUUCAGGUCGGGCAAUGAGCACCAGAUCGCAUACGAGCCCGAGGGUAUCCACCAGAUGGAGGGAGCCUUCAUCUGGAAGCGCGACAACCUUUGGUACCAAUUUCUGAGCAAAGGCAUCUGCUGCGUGUACCACCCAGACACAGACCCUAUCGAUCAGGUCUAUCACAUUACCGUCUGUCGAAGCGACAACCCCGCCGGACCUUACGUAGACAAGGACGGCCGGGCAUGCACGAACGGCGGCGGGACAACCGUGCUCGCGAGCCACGGGAACAUCUAUGCUCCAGGUGGCCAAGGAGUUUUCCACGACGACGCACACGGUGACGUUCUUUAUUAUCACUAUUUGGAUCUUAAUGUUGGCGUAGACUAUCCUCAAUCAAAAUUUGGAUGGAAUGUUAUCAAUUGGGUUGACGGAUGGCCGACGAUAUAGUGUUUCCGUAGUAUUAUUUUCUUCAGUAUGUCUACUAGUAAAGAAAUAAUCUGAAUUCUCAAACAGAUAAAAUACCUAGCAUUUCGUCCACGGGUCAGGGUCCGGUUUGAAGAGAUGUCAUAUACCUCACUGCUUCUCUGUAAUACCUCGGCAUAUCAUUGAUAGGAAAAUCGCCCAAGGAGUGAAUUGUCGAGACGUCAACUUUUAAACCUCAAAACAGCCUAGGCUAAUUGGGAAAAUACAGCAGCUCAUACAGUCAUACUAGCUGGUCCGCCCGAGGUACCUAUCUAUCCUUGCCGAUCGAUGGGUUUUUAAAGACUACGACUACGCCGACAUCUGCUUAAGAAGCAAUAGCCAAGUGGACACAUAGUAUUUAUCAUAAAGAACUUCACCGAUGAGGUUGACGAUACCUGUUGCUCAGCGUGAUAUACGCAAUUCGUAAAUACGGUGUUAGCGUGCUCAUUUAGGGAACUGCCUACCGAUUAUUAGCGGCGUUCGGAGUUCGGAAUUGUACUGGAUUCAGGAAGCUGAUCACAUUCUUUACCUUAGGUACAUCCUUAUCACAUAUCCCUGUAAU